AUGGACUAUGACAACGGUACUACGUCUGUCGAGCCUCCUUACGACCGCAGCUUGGCCCCUCGACCCGACAUCAAUUCCUCCCCCUUCGAUUCCGCGCAAACACCACCGUUGUCCUACCGGCCUGAAACCCCCCCGGAAUCAGUACAAGUCAUAUCCUCGCUCAUUGAUUCUCUGAGCAAAAUAUCCGCCUCGUCGUAUUCGAGGCAAGAACUUGGCGCGAACGCCGGCAUACAUAUCUCAGGAGAUCUGCACCGACGUUCCAGUUCCUCAGAACCACCAAAUGCGGACGACUUGGACAGGGAACAGCACGACCCUCCUCCCACUGAUGAUAGUAGUGAGGCAGAGGCCGCCGCGCCGCCGGUGGUUAAGUACGCUAGAAGGCCACCGCUAUUGUCCAAAAGGUCGAGCAGAUCAUUCGUCCACUCCCUGAAUAUGACCUCUCAGAGCGGUCUAGCCACGAGAGAAUCUAUACAGAGUCUUAAGUCGCGUGCUGAGUCUGAUAGCGUUGGAGUACCCAGCAUUGAGAGACGAAACCGUUCCAGCGCCAGCUCAACCUUCUCGUUUGUCAGUGGUUUGAGCGUCCCUCAUCGGAAACCAACGUUCGAGUCAAUGCGCGAGAUGGCUGCCUCAAAGCCUAUUCCUCCGCGGCGAGUUUCGUCAGAUAGACGCCGGAAGACCGAAUCCCUUUAUAGCAUCGACCACGAAAGGGAGAACAAGUGGCCGACCCGCGCAUCAUCCAUUGAUGGGCGUUCAAGUGUGGGAGUACAACUUGAACCUGCGCCUGCUGAGAGUCCUACAAUCACUGCUCUGAGAUUGAGCAGGGGUGAUUUGGGAAGCCAUAUGAUCCCUUCUCGUCGGUCAUCCCUAAGGCGCAGCGUCACCGGCGUUUCGGAUGUCUCCCCAGACCAACAGAACAGACACUCUUUCUCUACUCGAGAUCUGAAAGAGCUCAACAUCGAUUCCGAACUCAUUGAAGGCGACAACUCGACUGUCAGACGUAUUCGUGAACUGCAAGAAGCUCGGGAAAAGCGCCAAAAGGAAUGGCGAAAUGAGGCACGGAAAUCGGAGCGAGCUGCGAAGAGACAUACCAUUGCGACGCCUAAAUUGUCGACACAACGCUCAAGCCCUUACCAGACUUCGAGACUCUCUGUUACUGAGGUGGUGGUAGAGUCACCCGAAGUGGAGAGUCCACUCGACCUAUCCGCAACGGUCACCGCAUCUGAUCUGGCCGACAUGCCUGCCUUUGCUCCACAACUUCCUAAGGAUGAACCACCCCUCCCGCCACCUGCUGUGGGCGGCGUUAUGUCUAGUCCUUCAAGUGCAGCGCCGUCCCGGCGCAAUAGUGUCUACCGUGGCUCCAUGGCUCAGGGCAAGCGGAGUUCCAUUACCCACACGAACAAACAAGAACCGGCUCUUAUGGAGAUGAAGUCAAUAACUGAAGAAGUUGAUACUUUUCUUGGUGCGCCCCGUUUUACCCAAAAGAUUCGACAUCCACGCACCGGUCGGACAAUCGCCUUUUCAGAAGUGGGAGAUCCGAACGGAUUUGUGGUCUUGUGUUGUGUCGGUAUGGGAUUGACUCGCUACCUCACCGCAUUCUAUGACGAGCUUGCUAGGACUUUGCGCCUGAGACUGAUCACACCCGAUCGGCCUGGCGUGGGCGCAAGCUCACCGUUGCCAGAAGCUCAGUGUACUCCUCUGAAUUGGGUUGACGAUGUGGCCGUCAUAUGCAGUUCUCUGGAGAUCACGAGGUUCUCGCUUCUAGCGCAUUCUGCAGGCGCAAUUUACGCUCUUGCGACAGCCUUGAAGAUGCCACAAUAUGUGCGAGGGCGUAUCCAUCUCCUAGCCCCAUGGAUUCCGCCUUCACAGAUGCCCAAAGGGGCAGCAAUCGGCCCCGACUCGCAGCCGAUUGCCAAUCUGCCCUUUAGUCACAAAAUUCUGAGCGUUCUGCCAGCACAAAUUCUCAAAGUUGCAAACUCAAGGUUUUUGACUGCCACAAGUGCUUCUGUGGAUACGAAGCCACUAAAGUCCAAGAAGACCAAGCAGCAACUCGAGAAUCUAGACGCAGCGCUCGCUUAUCCAUUCCAAGAUUUAAACGACGACAGUUCAUUUGGAGCCACCCUUCCUGACUUUGAGCCCGAGCGACCCCGAACAGGCACAGCCAACCGGGCACGGGCUCUGUCAUGCUAUCAGGCCAAUAAUGAAACGUUGGGGAUACCGGGACCCCCUUUGUCCAGCCCAAAGCUCGAUUCCGGCCGGCAGACGUUUUCGUCCACAAAAACCUCUGCCGCGGCUAUUCGACCGAUGUCUCCACGCUUGAGCCCCGAAGCACGGCAAGCACUUUAUAACCAGACUCUUACACAUCGCAUCUGGACGCUGGCCACGCAGAAUGCGAAUCCCGCCAUUGAUCUGCUGGUCUGUCUGGAGCGACGGAGACCUAUAGGGUUUCGAUAUCCUGAGGUGACAAGGUCAGUUGUAAUCCAUCAUGGGGCCAAGGAUACGCGGGUUCCGCUAGACAAUGUACGUUGGCUGCACGGCGUGAUGAAGCGAUGUGAAUUACGAAUCCUGGACGGUGAGGGACAUGGCCUCAUGGCGAGCGCAUCAGCCAUGGCCACGGUCCUCGGUGAGAUCGCCAGAGAAUGGGAAGAGUGGGAAAAGAUCGCGCAGGGCAAGGAGAAGAGGAAACGAAGCGACGCGGCGUCUACUUUCUCGAGGGGGAGGUCGUUUCACAGUAGAUUUGUGGAUGCUUCGUACCGAGAAGCUGCGUCGCGUGACUCCUGA